UAGACAAUACGACAACUCAGAAUAUGUCACUAUCUUGUACUUUGUUGUUGUUCUUGUUCCACAUUGGUUUGUUGCUUUGUGGAUUCUGUUUUGCAGGUGAUCCAACUGCCAGUUAUGAACUUGAGUUCAGUUAUAUUACUGCUUCUCCACUUGGUGUUCCCCAACAGGUCAUAGCAGUGAAUGGUAAAUUUCCAGGUCCAACACUCAAUGUUACGACUAACUACAAUGUUGUCGUAAACGUCAAGAACAGAUUAGACGAAAGCCUCCUCAUUACAUGGCCCGGGAUAGAAAUGCGUCGAUCUUCUUGGCAAGACGGCGUGCUUGGCACGAACUGUCCCAUUCCGUCAAAAUGGAACUGGACAUAUCAUUUUCAAGUUAAGGAUCAGAUAGGUAGCUACCAUUAUGUUCCUAGUACUAAUUUUCAAAGAGCAGCAGGUGGAUUCGGUGGUUUCGUUGUCACAAACCGUAAGGUUAUAGCACUGCCUUUUGAUACUCCCGAUGGAGAUAUCGUGAUUACGAUUGGUGAUUGGUAUACUCGAAAUCACUCGGAUUUACGAGCUUCUCUUGAUAACGGAGAGGAGCUUGGUACGCCGGAUGGGGUUCUGAUCAAUGGCAAGGGCCCGUUUAAGUAUAGUUCCGUUGUUCCGGAUGGCAUUAACCAUACAACGCUUAACGUUGAUCCAGGAAAAACUUACAGAAUUCGCGUGAUCAAUGUCGGAGUCUCAACGUGUUUGAAUUUUCGGAUUCAGAGCCACAAUUUGCUUCUAGCGGAAGCGGAGGGACAUUAUACAUCCCAACAAAACUACACUAGCUUCGAUAUCCACGUGGGACAGUCUUACUCUUUUCUGGUUACUAUGGAUCAAAAUGCAAGUAGCGAUUUUUACGUUGUUGCAAGCCCGAGAUUUGUUAAUGAAUCAGUUUGGCAACGCGUCACAGGCGUUGCUAUUUUGCACUAUUCAAACUCCAAAGGACAUGCCUCGGGUCCUCUACCCGACGCCCCAAACGACGUUUAUGAUCGUUCGUUUGCAUUGAAUCAAGCCAUGUCCAUCAGGAUGAACAACAGCGCUAGUGGGGCCCGACCCAACCCGCAAGGCUCAUUUCAUUACGGUUCCAUUAAUGUAACAAACACAUAUGUCUUACGAAGCGCUCCACCAAUAAUGAUUAACGGAACACGUCGAGCUUCUUUUAAUGGAGUUUCAUUCGCUAAUCCGAAAAUUACACCAGUGAGGCUUGCUGACAGCCAUAAUGUGAAGGGUGCUUACAAACUCAACUUCCCAAAAACGCCACUAGAUGAACCGCCACGUAUAGCCAGAUCCAUCAUUAAUGAGACGUAUAAAGGAUUUGUCGAAAUCAUAUUACAGAAUAAUGAUACAGUUGUUCAAAGCUUUCAUAUGGAUGGUUACUCAUUUUUUGUUGUUGGGAUGGCGUACGGGAACUGGACAGAAGACAGUCGCGGUUCAUAUAACCGAUGGGAUGCUAUUUCACGCUCUACUACACAGGUUUUUCCUGGAGGAUGGACCGCAAUUCUUGUUUAUCUUGACAACGUCGGGGCGUGGAACCUUAGGACAGUGAAUCUCGAUAGAUGGUAUCUUGGGCAAGAAACAUAUAUAAGAAUAGUCAAUCCUGAAGAUCAUGAGCAGAAAACCGAAUUGCCGAUGCCUGAUAACGCUUUGUUCUGUGGUGCUUUGGGACACUUGCAAAGGCCACAAAAACAACUGUCUUCAGCUGGAUCAACCAUUCAAGAACAGUCAAAGUCAAGUUAUUUGAUGAUGUUGGCAUUUGCAGCUGUUGUUUAUAUGAUGAUCUAAGACUUUGAUGGUCAAAGUUAAUUGUUCAAAAGAGAGUUUGUGGGUCAUUAUUUGAAAUUUAGUGGUGUGAAGAGGCCAGUGAUACUUUUGUAGGUAGAAUUUAUGUGGUCUUUUUGUGUUUUUGCAAAGUGAAACACAAAUUUUUAACUUGUUUAUAUGAAAGAAAUUGAUUCGGAUUUAUGCUU